GACUGCAGAUCGAGGCGUUCCACUGCAGGCCUUCGAUGGAUCGAUCUGCAAGUUCUUUAUCCUUUGUCGGCCAUUGGCAGGCAAGAGGGCUCUCCACGAUGACGUAGGCGAUAUCAUGGCUCGUACUACCUUCGCAAUAUUGACCAUUGCCUUGGUCUACACGCAGUUCUUCCACCAGCUGUGCGGUUACGACUACUGGUUGACAACACUGAUAUCAAUUGACCUGUGCUAUUGCAAAGAAACACGCAAGCAACUAUAAUCAAUAUGUCGUCCGCUCAAGGGAACGCGGCCCAGGGGCAUCGUGUCGGGCAGCCGUGGAGUGCAAAUAACCCAGUCCCAACGAUUAGCCAGUUCAUGGAGCGGCUCGACAAAGAGAAGGCGGAGAGAGACCGCCAGAUUGACGAGCAGCUCAAGCAGAAGCAGCAGCAGGAGAGACUCGCCAAGAGAGAUCCCAAACCCAAACCUGACACUCCUGUCAAGAGGGACGGGGACGUUGUCGAACAUGAGCCUCGCAAGGUGUCCAAAAGGAAGACGAGGACAGUCACCGAUCCGACAACGGGCAAGGACAUUGAGGUGGAGGAUCAGGAUGAGUCUUCGAUGGAUACCGUGAAGAAACCAAUGCUGACGGUACCAAACGCGAACCUGGGGUUACCAACUGACGUCAAGACAAGCCACGAUCAGUCCCUGUCGGAUUACAAGUACAACCAAGACAUCACUGCCCCUCCGGACCCCAUUGCAGAUGGCACCACUUCCGACGUUCCCAUCCGUGGAGAGAAGACCAACAUCUUGUUCCAUCCUACCCCGACAGUCACGUUCGAGCCCAUGUUUGAGCGGCUAGAGUUGAAGGCAACGGGUGUUUGCACAGGUAUCUUCCUGGCCAUCAUCUUCCUCGGUCACCUCUUCGGUGGCUCCCUCUGGGGCUUGAUUCCGCUUGGAGCAUGUGUUGCAAGCGGUGUGUUCCUCUGGAUGCAGGAGCUCAUUCGCAGUGGACGUGAAAUGGAGUGGAGUAGCGAGCAACUGCGUGGAGAAACGGCUACUGCAAACCUCCUUCCCGAAUCCGUCGAAUGGAUGAAUACCUUCCUCGGUGUGGUAUGGGGACUCGUCAAUCCCGAGAUGCUGACCCCAGUCGCCGACACGAUCGAAGACAUCAUGCAGGCCUCUGCCCCCGGGGUGAUUGAGAACGUCCGUAUCGCCGAGAUAGAUCAAGGAAGCAACCCUCUACGGAUCUUGAGUAUGCGUGCUCUGCCAGAUAGCCAUGUCCAACAGCUCAAGGACAAUAUCCACCGAGAGAACCAUGAGAAGAAAGACCCUCAGGAGGCGGCAGCCAUCGAAGAAGGCGGAAGCUACUACAACAUGGAGGCCUCGUUUGCGUACCAUGCGAAACCAAGCGGCCUCAGCGCCUCGUCCAAGGCGCGUAACAUGCACAUGCAUCUGGUCUUCUACCUUGGGAUCAAGGGUGUCUUUGGCGUGCCCUUCCCCGUGUUUGUCGAGCUGUCGGAGCUGGUGGGUACUGUACGCCUGCGUUUCCAGAUGAUGCCCGAGGCGCCCUUCAUGAAGGAAGUGACAUUCAGCCUGGUAGGCAUCCCACAUGUGCGUGCCGGGUGCAUCCCCAUGAUCAAGCGUGGGGUGAACAUCCUGAACCUGCCGCUGAUUUCGAACUUUGUCAACUACGCCAUCCGCACGGCUUGCGCUAUGUUCGCGGCCCCGAAAUCCAUGACGAUGGAUCUGGGCAUGAUGCUCAAGGGCGACGACAUCCUCAAGGAGACCCAGGCGCUGGGGAUCAUGUGGAUACGCAUCCACCGGGCCAUCGGUCUCAGCAAACAGGACAAGCGCGGCAGCGAAGGCGGCGGCAGCGACCCGUACAUCAACCUGUCGUUCUCCAAGUACGGCAAACCCAUGUACUGCACGCGCGUCAUCACAGACGACCUCAACCCGGUGUGGGAGGAGACGGCGGCGCUGCUGGUGACCCCGGACCUGAUCAAGGCGAACGAGAACCUCAGCGUUGAGCUCUGGGACUCGGACCGCCACACAGCCGACGACAUUGUAGGCAAGAUUGAACUGCCCAUCCGCGCGAUGCUCGACCACCCGGGCAAGAUGUACCCCCAGAUCUCGAGGCUGCAGGGUCUGGACGAAGGCAGCGAGAUGCCCGGCGAGCUGCACUGGGAGGUCGGCUUCUUCGGCAAGCCCAAGCUCCGCCCGGGCCUGCGAACCGACGGCCAGGACAAGAGUCUCCCCGAGACGCUCAAGGGCAACCCGGCCUUUGAGGACGAAAAGGGUGUCAUCACCAACGAGGAGGAGGAUGCCAUCACCCACACGCCCCCGGAUCCCCUGUGGCCCAGCGGCAUUCUCAACGUCGUCGUCCACCAGAUCGUUAACCUGCAGCUUGCCAAUAUCAAGGGCAGUGAGGGCAACCGCAAGGGCCGCGAGUACGAACCUGCAAAGUCCUAUGGCGAAAACACAGAAGAGCAGGGCGAGUCCCUUCCAACCAGCUACUGCAAGAUUAUUCUCAACGAUGAAUUGGUCUACAAAACUCGACCCAAAGCCGUCAGCUCCAAACCAAUCUUCAAUGCAGGCACCGAGCGGUUCGUCCGCGACUGGCGAUCGGCCAUUGUGGUGGUCACUGUCCGUGACCAGCGAUACCGCGAACACGACCCCAUCCUAGGCGUCGUGCCACUGAAACUGUCUGAGAUCUUCCAGACCAGCUCGCAGGUGACCCGGUGGUACCCUCUCGACGGGGGGAUCGGGUUCGGCCGGAUCCGCAUCUCGCUGCUCUUCCGGCACGUCGAGACCAAGCUCCCGCCACGGAUGCUAGGCUGGGACGUCGGGACUUUCAAGUUUACCUCGGAAACGAUCAGUACACCUGGGUACGCCUACCGGGCUAAGAUCCGGCUGCGUACGGGGGGCAGUAGUGGCAAGAUUCCUCGGUCGAUGUGCAAGCUCAACAAUGGCGAAGAAGGUAACAUGAACGGUGAUGGCGCCAUCAGCAAUGAAAACAAUGGAGCCGUUUAUGAUCUAUCCGACGAGUCAUUCCGGGACAGCAUCCGUCUCCCCGUGAAGCACCGGUACCGAUCACCGAUCGUGUUCGAGUUCCACACCCAAGGAAAACACGGGGCAGCGGCGUACGCGGUGCUCUGGCUGCAGCAUUUGGUGGACAACGAAGACACCGCACUCGACCUGCCGAUCUGGACGGCCCGCAACGGCAGCCGCCUGACGCAGAACUACAUCACAGAGGAGAACUGGCAGGCCAAGAGAGUUCCCGGCCUCGAAGAUCUGCAGGAAGUCGGACGCCUACGACUGCGCGGGAUGUUCACGCCGGGUAUCGACGAGUCGCACGAACGGUUUGUCGUCGACAACAACUCGCGCGAGACGUUCGAAACGUGGGAGGCCUGUAUCGCGGAGGGGGUGCGGCCGCGGAGCAUCGAGCUCGAGGUGCCCGAGGAGACGGCGGCGCUGCACGCACGGUCUCUCGUCGAGGGCCGCGACGUCCUCAAGCAACUUAGUCCGACUGAGCGGCGGCGCUGGAUCGACCACGAGGGCCAAGACUGGAGCGGUGCUUUUGGUCAUGAUCCAAAGGUUUAUACUGACGAUAAUUCUGCACGGGAUCCGAACAUUCAGGAUGAUAGGAGUUCGACGCCUAGUUCUACUUCAAGCAGCAGCAGCAACACCAACAGUAAUACCAACCCCGAUACCAACACUACUACCAAUGCUUCCUCCGAGCAACGUUCACUUACUACACAGUCCAGCCCUGUCUCCCCCGUCUCCACCACGGCAGAAGCAGGGUCCAGCAAGUCCUCGAAUGGUAACAAGGCAAACCGACGCAGCGAGCAGCGACAGCAGCGCGGCCUGUUACAGUGGAAACCGGCCCGCAACGCGCUCUUCGUCAAGGAUGAGACCAAGUUUGCCUUGCGCAAGGUCAAACAGAAGCUAGGAGCGGGGGAUUUGACGGGCAGGGAGCCCCAGUUGGAGACGGAGACGGGGAGGUAGAUUUUUAUGAGUGUACUGGUCCUUGCCAUACACUUUACUGUAACUGUUCAUCUUCCAACAUUUUGGUGU